CUACUCUGUUUUUGCUACAGAGUCUGCGGAGAAGUUCUAGUUUGUCACACUAUAUAUUUUUGUUGGUUUGUUUAAAAGUCGUGGAGUACGGCGUGCUACGGAAAGUUAAAAAGCACUUUUGUCAGUAUGUCGAUUUUCAACCAGAUAGCUAUUGGCGCAGCCUUCGCUUAUGGAUUGCUUUUAUCUUACCAGUUUUAUUAUUUUUACUUCCCAAAAACUGCGGAGAAUGAAAAUAAAGGCAUUUCCAAUAUUUAUAAAAUUGGUCAGAAGUUUGAGAUGAGCGUCUUUGCCUCCCAGGACGCCAAGCCUUGCUCUUCCUUAAAUAAUUGCUUAUUAGUUUUCAAUCAAAGCAAUCUACUUUACAAACACGAUAAAAGUCAGGAACUUACCGCUUUCCUUUCUAUACCUUCGCAGGAAAUUAUAAAAAUUUUAAGAAUAAAAAGAUUUUACCUCCACGUUUAUCUCACUGAAGAAGGCAAGAGGCUUAGUAAUUUGCUAAGUACAUCUAAUUUUAAUAAUGAGGUAACUUACCAGUGUGUCAAUCUUUUAAAGUUAAUAAAGCCUCUCAAGCAAGCGAGGAAUCUGCUUUCCGCCAAUAUUAGUAUAAACGAUUCCUCUUUGCAGCCUCAGUGGCACAUCGCACGUUCUGUAGACUUGCGACUUGUAGUAGAUCAAACUAUUUUUCCACAAGAUGAAAUUCCUUACGACAUUUCGAUGCAUUUAAAAGUCUCCUUGAAUAAACGGAAUUACCUCCCGAUCAUUUAUAACAAUAUGAUGUUAAUUUCCCGAAAAAACUACAUACCUUUUUCUCAAUUUUCUGAUCCGGCCAAACCAACUACAGCCUUUUCUCUUCUUUUUCAGUGGUCGCCGAUCAGUUUGGGGCGAUUUCGCAUUAUGAACGAGCUUCAGGCCGGAUUUAAAUUACUCGAGCAGCACGGAUUUUCUGAAUUAGAUAUUGAAGCUAUCGGCGAUUUGUUUACUCGUUACAAUCCAGCGGUCUUAUUUCUUACUCUUUUUGUCUCCCUCGUCCAUUUGCUUUUUGAUUUUUUGGCCUUCAAAAACGACGUGGUUUACUGGAAAAAAAGAAAAAACCUGCGAGGCAUUUCCUCUCGUGCUGUGCUUCUUGAAGCAGUCACUGAAGUUAUUGUUUUUCUCUAUUUACUGGAUAACGAUGCCAGCAAACUAGUAGUGAUUCCAGUCGGCAUUCAAUCACUAAUCAAUUUAUGGAAACUAAAAAAAGCGUUGCGCCUGACCAUCUCUAUUUUUCCGUUUUCAAUUUCUUUGGGCGAAGUUACUGCUGAGGAAGAAGAUACUGAAGUUGCAGACGCCAAAGCCACUGGUUGGAUGAUGAAAGCUUUGCUGCCGCUUAUGUCCGGCUACGCUCUUUACUCUCUCUGGUUUGACGAGCACCGCGGAUGGUACUCGUGGAUCCUCUCAACGCUGACUGGCUAUAUUUAUCUGUUUGGGUUUAUAUUAAUGCUUCCUCAAUUGUUCAUCAAUUACCGAAUGAAAUCGGUGGCGCACCUGCCGUGGCGAGCGCUUACUUAUAAAGCUUUUAAUACUUUUAUAGACGACGUUUUUGCGUUUAUCAUAAAAAUGCCGAUGAUGCACCGACUGGCUUGCUUCCGCGAUGACAUUGUUUUCUUCUGCUUUUUGUAUCAGUUAUGGAUAUACCCAGUCGACCACUCCCGCAUAAACGAGUUUGGCGUUUCCGGAGAAGAUCUUGGGCUCUCUAAUAAGAAAAAAAUCAACGAAAAAGUUGAAUCUGAGAAACAUUCUGACGCCUGUAAAAGUAGUAGUAGCGAUUCUCUUUUGAGAAAACGCAAUAAGGCAGCAUAA